UAAUUAUGCAUAAAAAUCUGCCAAAAUCAGAUUUCUAUGAGAUUUCACUGUUACGAUCUACAUCUUAUAUAAAGUUCUUUCUUUUUUUCGUCGACAAGAAAAUUCCACAGUUUCAACCCCAAAUUUUUAUAUUUUGACCCCAAAGAAAAAGAGAACUCAACACAAAAAAUAUAUAUAGAAUUUUCUCCACUUGUAAAAGCGGUAUCGUAUCUCUUGCCCUUAAAGCAAAGAACUUGUCUCUCCUUCUCCAUUCACUCCUCUUUUGGAACAUCACAAGCACACAAUCCUCUCCGUCUCUGUUUCAAUGAAGAACCAAAAGGAUCAAAACUCAUCAUCAUUGUCUUCUUCAUCACCAUCUCUAACAACAAAGCUUCUCAAUGCUCAAUACCAUCACUUCCUCAAUCUCCUUUCGUAUUCCCUUAUCCUCUGUUGCGGUAUCAUCAUCGGCAUCCUUCUCCAUUCCUCUCUACAAAACUUCUCUUCAAAUUCUUCACUUAGCAUCCAACGCAUAUCUCAGCUAUUUAUAGUCUCUUCUCUUCCUCCUUCUCCUCCUCCUCCUCCUCCUCCUUCUCCUCCUUCUGAGCCCGAGCAAAAUGGGCUCAAAAGCUUUAUUGAGCCACCGGAGAAGCUUAUGCACGACAUGGAGGACGAAGAGCUUCUCUGGAGAGCUUCAAUGGCGCCUAAGAUCAAGAAUUACCCUUUUCCUCGAACGCCAAAGGUUGCUUUCAUGUUCAUGACAAAGGGUCAUUUACCUCUAGCUCGUCUAUGGGAGAGAUUCUUUCGUGGGCAUGAAGGUCUUUUUACUAUCUACGUUCACUCUUAUCCUUCUUAUAACCAGUCCGAUCCCGAAGAUUCCGUCUUCCGUGGCCGCCACAUUCCAAGCAAGAGAGUGGAUUGGGGAUAUGUGAACAUGGUGGAAGCAGAACAAAGAUUACUAGCAAAUGCUUUAUUAGACAUAUCAAACGAACGAUUCGUACUUCUCUCCGAAUCAUGCAUCCCUCUUUUCAACUUCACCACUGUUUACUCUUACCUUAUUAACUCAACUCAAACUCACGUUGAGUCCUACGACCAACUUGGUGGCGUUGGACGCGGCCGAUACAGCCCUCUAAUGCAGCCACAUGUCCAGCUACGCCACUGGCGCAAAGGCUCCCAAUGGAUCGAAGUGGACCGUGCCAUGGCUCUUGAGAUUAUCUCCGAUAGAAUCUACUGGCCUCUCUUUUAUAGUUAUUGCCACCAUGGUUGCUACGCCGACGAGCACUAUAUUCCUACACUCCUCAACAUCAAAUCAAGCCUGAAACGGCGCAACUCCAACCGGACUCUCACGUGGGUCGACUGGUCGAAAGGUGGCCCGCACCCUAACCGGUUUAUUAGACACGAGGUGACUGCGGAGUUCAUGGAGAACCUAAGGAGUGGUGGUGAGUGUCUCUACAAUGGAGAAGAGACGAAUAUUUGUUAUUUAUUUGCUCGCAAGUUCUUGCCUACUGCUCUCGACCGGUUGCUCAGGCUUUCACGUACUGUUUUACAUUUCUGAUUAUUUUUCUUUUUUCAUAUAUUUUUUUAAUUUUUCAAUUCUUCACCGUAAUAUUGUAUAAUAGUUUGAUUAUUCGUAAAUGAGGAGUAUUUUAUUUUGGGUGAUUCAUCUACACAUUCCAUU